AUGUCCGAGCAACCAAAUACCAAUAGUUCGUCACUCGGAUCGAUGUCGUCACUUGGAUCCAACGUGUUGGGAAUACUUACACAGAAACCCAGUGGGCGAAUGGCUCCGUUAGACGGUCCUCUUAGCGACGAAGAAAUGAACGACCCAGAUACAGAUAAUGAGCAACACGCGCGCAAGCUUAUUUUGCGGUCAAAGGCUCGCACGGGAUCAAUCUCUUCUGAAUCAGGAUACAAUUUCAGCACGAUCAAUAACCCUAUUGCUGUUCUACCUCCUGAAAUUUUGUGUGUGAUAUUUUCAUAUUUGAAUUCCAAAUCGGAUUUGAUUUCUGUUGCCUUGACAUGUCAAUAUUGGGCGAAUCUGAUAAUCGAACUGAUUUGGUUUCGUCCAGGAAUAUCAUCUCGUACUAUUUUUGACAAAUUGGGCAAGGUGAUGAAUAUACCGAAAACACAAACUGCAUGGGACUAUAGAAUGUAUAUCAAAAGACUCAAUUUGUCCUUGGUUCCUCAUUUGGUGACCAACGAGUAUUUGGAUUUAUUCGUUGGAGCCAACAAUCUGGAAAGAAUCACGUUGGUCAACUGUUCGAACAUUUCCCAUGAUCAUAUAUCUUCGAUAAUCAAAGGUUGUCAUCGGUUGCAAUCGAUUGAUCUGACCGGUGUGAAAGGUAUCCAGGACGAUAUUUAUCACGAGCUAGCCAACAAUUGCAAACGGCUCCAGGGCUUGUAUGCUCCGGGAUCAUUCCAAGUUUCGAAAGAAGCGGUGAUGUCGUUGAUUCACAGUUGUCCGCUGUUGAAGCGUGUCAAGUUGAGCGAUUGCAACAACGUUGACGACGAGGUUGUCAACGAGCUGGUCAGCCGGUGUCCAAACCUUGUUGAGAUCGACCUGCAUGGCUGUGAGAAAGUGACAAACGAGUCUUUGCACAACCUGUUUUCCACGCUUGAGUUCUUGAAAGAGUUCAAGAUCUCCAAAAACUCAAACAUCACAUACGAAUGCUUCGAGUCCAAAACCGGCGCCCAGUUGUGUUUGGACAAACUGAGGAUCCUGGACUUUACACAGUGCUCGAACAUCACCGACAGAGCCGUUGAAAAAGUGAUCAAGUUGGCUCCCAAACUAAGAAACGUUGUUCUUUCCAAAUGUACCGCCAUCACAGACGCGUCCCUCAGAGCCAUUGCUACGCUAGGAAAAAACCUGCAUUACGUGCAUCUUGGUCAUUGCAGCAACAUUACCGAUUUUGGAGCCAAGGAUCUGAUCAAAAGCUGUUACAGGUUACAAUACAUUGACCUUGCAUGCUGUACACAACUGACAAACGAAACAGUGUACGAACUGUCCCAACUUCCGCGUCUCAGACGGAUUGGUCUUGUCAAAUGUGCACAGAUUACUGACGAAGGCAUUCUUGCCCUUGCUACCAACGCCAGAAACAGUGAUGAUACGCUGGAGCGUGUUCAUUUAAGUUAUUGCAUGAAUCUUACAAUAUACCCAAUUUACAGGUUGUUGAAGGCCUGUCCAAAGCUCACACACAUCUCACUGACUGGAGUUUCGCAAUUCCUGCGUCCUGACAUCACCCAAUUUUGCCGGGAGCCACCGCAGGAGUUUAAUUUACACCAGAAAUCCAUUUUUUGUGUUUUCAGUGGUGAAGGUGUUGCGCAGUUGAGAAACCAUCUGCUGCAGUUGUUUGAGACUCCUCAGGACCCUGAAAGAGAGGCCGCGGAGCUGCUUGAGAUUAUUGCUGCGGUGAUUGAAGGAGUUGACGACGUGAACGACACCCUUUUCAGCCAGGACCCGAUCCAGAGAGAACGACUCCGGGUUUUCGUGGAUACAUUGGAUCGUUUCAUCAACGAGUUCCACGGACUGAACGUUCCGCGUGCGCAUUUGGAAUUAUUUGGACGAUGUGUAUUUACGAGACUGCCAGCAGAGCAUGUUCCUCGCAUCCAACGGUUUUUCCAAUUAUUGCAAAAUCAUCCUCAUCAACCGCAAAGAUUGAGACAAAAUGCAAACAUAGGCACGCGGGUCCGUCCCGAGCCGCGACAAGCAUUUCGUCCUGCCGAGACCGAGCUGUUUCAGAACAUGGAUGACGACGAGGUUAUGGAAGAUCUAUAA